AUGUCCCAAAAGAGGAAGCACCACGCCUCCAUGGCAUGCAUCUCAUGUCGGGAGAGUAAAGUCAAGCAGUGUGACGGCGGUAAGCCCAAAUGUUCCAGCUGCAUGAACAAGCAUCGGGAAUGUCGAUACCAGGUCGUAGACAAGAGAAGACUUCCACUACGUGUUGCUAUAGAGCUUCUAUCAAGCAGAGUCGACCAGCUCUGUCUCUUUAUUCGCCAAAAUGGAUUAGAGGCCCCGCCUAUGCCAGAAGAGAAAGACACGGCUUUGGUUAAAGUACUGGAUAUUCUUGGAUUGACUGAAGUCCAUUCAGCUGCAGUAAACAAUCAAGCUGACAAGAAAUGCUCCAAUCCCAACUCCACGUCCGCAGUCCAGAACCCGCUUUCUGAUACCUCAAACUCUCUGCUAUCUUCUGCCCCCGGUAUAACAGAUGAGAUCGAUAGCACUUGGGCUCAGGCAUCUCCGGACAGCACAUCGCAAAAAUCUCAGUCGAAUAUCACAAUGCUUUCAGACCCACAUUCUGUAUCGACACUGCCCAUGAUCGAUACUGAAAAUCUGGAUAUCUCAACUACACAGCACUGUCCCCCAACGGAUGAGCACUCGGAUGCUUCAUUGGCAAACUGGGACUGGACCUUGGACUUCGGAACAUACAUCACACCAUCAUCCCCAGACAUUCCUGAACAAAGCACAGAGCUACUACAGCCUCCAGUGGAGCAAUUGGAGAGGCUACCUGAGCCCUUUGAGCCUGCCGUCCUUGAAACCCCACCCAGCCUAGACAGUGAUACUAGGAGCACAGAAGAAAUCGAAGACCUUAUCGACGAGCUUUCUGAUCGCAUGGGUACAUUACGCUUCGGCCCUGGAGGGAAAGCUCGCUUCUAUGGCCCAACAUCGACCUUCAACCUCGCUGACGCUCCAGUAUCUACCAAUACUCAGACACACCGUUCGCUUGAUUAUCUCGACGAUACAGAUUGGGAUAGACAAGUCCCAUUAUCUCUUGAGGACCAUCUUCUUACUCUCUAUUUUACCUGGCAAGAUCCAUCAUUCCACGUCGUCGACCGAGAAUUGUUCGAGAAAGGAAAGACAGCUUGGUAUAGGAAAGCGGAGACCCCGUUCUAUUCAGAGGCACUCUGCUAUGCAAUGUGUUCUCUCGGCGCUGCUUUUGAAACUCGUUACCAUCCAUCCUUUGUGACAUUCCCGAAAUCACUCGGUGAAUUCUUCGGGGACCGCGCAAAAGAGCUCCUUGAAAUUGAACUCGACUCUCCAUGUGUGGCAACAGUUCAAGCACUGGUGAUCUUAAGCAGCCAUGAAAUCGGUGUGGGCUCAGAUACACGUGGAUGGCUCUACAGUGGGAUGGCUUUGCGGCUUGCUUUUGAUCUUGCCUUGCAUAUCGACCUCUCUCCAUAUGUUGCUCGUGGAUCUGUCACCGCUGCCGAUGCCGAGCUACGUCGAACUGUCUUUUGGGCUGCAUACAUGGUUGAUCAUCUUGUCGGCUUCUACCUCGGUAGACCCUUUUACACUAACAUGGAGGAUGUUACUGUCAAAAAGCCCAACAAUGACGUCGACCAUCGAGAACCUUGUAAAUGGACACCAUACGCGUCUCCCAUUCCGUUUGACGAUAACUCCGAGUUACUUGACUGUAUGGGGGCCGUCAGUCAGCAGGAAGUCACAUUAUGUGAGCUUAUGGCACCCUGCGGCUACUUUCUAUAUGGAACAUCAGGUAUCCCAAGAGCCUUGCUCCAGCAGCUCAAUGAAAAUAAUGUCGCCAAGCUUCUCAACUGGAAAGCUCAGUUGCCCUCAUAUUUACAAAUCAAUCUCAACGAUCAUACUUCUCCAUAUCUUCCACAUGUGUUGCUACUUCACAUGCAAUAUUACCAAAACCUCAUCUACACCCAUCGACCCUGGAUGUCAAAAGGCUACCUACAGCCACAACCCCCCAAAGGACCUGGCUCCUCCCACGCUCGGGAGAUGUGCAUUAAUUCCGCCAUCUCCAUAGCUAAAAUCCUCGUACUGUACGAGACCAGAUAUACCCUCCGUCGUAUAAAUAUCAAAGCAGUCUCAAUUACUUCCUCCGCCGUGCUACUACUUCUCUUCGCCGCCGUCUCCCAGUACAAAUCCGAAGAAGAGAAUAUCAUCGCUCAUCUCAGUACCUGCUUCAGAGCCCUCGAUGAGUUCUCUCUAUCCUGGCAGAGCGCAAAUCGUGCAAAAGACCUCCUAGUCAGACUACAGCACAAAUGGGAGGUUCGUACCCGUGCUACCAAGCCGGACCGUGGGCCGGACGGGGCUGGUUAUCCCCCAAAGAAGAGAUCAAGAACGCUUAAUGGAUCUGACUCAGUCUCUAAUGGUGGAAGGCUUUCUAACUUACAGCCUGAGGCGCGCGAUUUCCAGCUGGAGUCGGGCUUAGGUUGGAUGCUUAUGCUCAGCGGUCAGCUUCCGUCGGAUGGAGACGAGGAUCUCUAUUCGUUUGUCGCAAAUACAAAUAUCCCUGAGUCUGAAUAUGAGACUAUAUAG